AUGUGCUUCUUUCCCAUAGACUAUUAUGGAUAUGAUAUUACAGGUCAUCAUCAGGGUAUUGGAUGGCAGGGUAUAGUACCCCGUAAGGCGGAUAAGAUGGCCGCUACUGCAUGCGAUCUCAUGGUCGACAGGCUUAUCUAUGUGAGGGAAAUUGUCGAGAGAAUUGACGCCACUGAUCUGUAUCGAUAUCUAUCAUCAACUGGAAUACUAAGAAGUGUUCAACAAGAAGUUAAUCGAAGAAUCGGGAAUAGAUGGUUUGCUGGAGUUUGGUCAUCCCUUCCUGGAGCAGUUAAGGAGGAGCUUUUGGAGAAGUCAUUAGAAUUGUCCGAGGAUAGCUUACAGUCUAUGGUGGCUGAAGCUAAGAAGUCUUUAAUGGAUAAGGAUCUCUUUGAUGUUAGGGAUCUGAUUAUACGAUGUUUCGUGGACGAUAGAAGGAUGCUGUCGGAGUUCUUCAUUAAGAUAGGCAAGAAGGAACUCCACUUCCUCGAAUUCAUGGGUGCUGUGAUGGGAUUAUUCUGUGGACUGGCACAACUUGCAUUGUACAUGUGUAUGUCGGCCGAAUACCGUGGCCAAGAGCAGGAUGACUCAGCAUAUAGUUGGCUAUUGUUCCCUCUUACUGGUCUUGUUAUUGGUCUCUUCACCAAUUGGGUUGCAUUACAGCUCAUAUUCCGUCCGGUAGAGCCACAUAUGGUAAAGGUCCCCUGUAGAGGACACAGCAUUAAGGUCCAAGGUCUCUUCUUAAGACGCCAACCUGAGGUCUCGAGAGUCUAUAGCUCUCUUGUGUCUGAUAGUAUCCUCAAUUGCAAUAGGUUUGUAGCGUAUUUGCAGACAACUAAAGGUUGGGAUAGGAUUCUAGAAGCAUUUAAGGAGACUAUCAACAACACUAUGGAUGGGAUCAUCUCUACCCCAGCAGCUAUCGCUAUCAAAAUAGCUGGCAAAGAGGGCUCGUAUGAGAGAUUCAAGAAUGAUGUAGCUCAUGAACUGAAGGUAGAGUUAAGUCAUACACACUAUGUGGACAUGUAUGAGAGGUUGGGAAUAAGAGACCUGAUGGCUCAGCGUCUCGCAGCGAUGCCUGCUAAAGACUUCGAGAGGAUGCUGCAUCCAGUGUUUCAAGAAGAUGAAGGGACUCUUGUCAUUCUAGGUGGUGUCCUAGGCGCUGCUGUUGGUUGUCUACAAGUGUGGAUAUUCGGACUAUAA